UCGCUCUCGCAUCUCAGUUCAACAAAUGCCGUCGUUGUGAGUAGUUUGGGAAGAACUCGAAGCACCCGACGCGAAAGAAACCGUCAAGGGAAAAAGAAAAGAACGGUGCCGCUAAAUCGAGAACAACAUCAGGUUCUCUAGUAACGGAAGAAAUCGAACCGUGCUGUCACCGAGUGUUUGAAAAAAAAAAGGCAGGCAGAACGAGCAACGUUGUGUUUUGUAUUUUAUUCAGCAGCGGUACCGGUACGUGAUGUAUGAGGGAAAUUUUCUGGUGGAAGUGUACUAAGUGUGUUGGUGGUACUUAGAUUAUUUUAGCGUUAGCUUAAUCACGCCUGCUGGACGCAAGCAACCAUCAGUAACGCGGUAAUGGACACUUGUUUCCCUUUAACGAACUGAACUGUGUGCGAGUGAAGAAGUGCAGUUAAUGUAAACUAAAACGGACCGAAAUGCAGUGAUUUUUCGUUAGCUUCAAACCAAAAUCCAAACACUGUACCUGGGUGGAAAUUCUGUUGGGCUUUCUCUCUAACAGCGUUACUGAGUGUGCAGUGAAAUUGUGCGUGUGUGUGUGUUUGUGUGGAUUGAGUGCAGUUGCAAUUGCAGCUUUUCACCUUGCCCAUAAGCCGGCCCCGUACGUUUGUGGUGCAGUUUGCGUGCACUGAGGCGUGUUACAGAUGCUUUGUGUUUAAAGCUGCAAAAAAAACGAUUGAAUUGAAUUUUACCAAAGACCCCCACAGUGGCGUAUGAUGAAACCGUCGCGCUGUUUGCAGUCAUAUUGCAAAAUGAACGAUUUUACAUGGCGAAAGGAUGCAAUGUGCGGUGGCGGCGGCUAUCGAUAAACGGGCUGUGAUGCACAUGCCGGGCAUAGCUUUUCGCUUCCUCCUACACCAGCCGGCCAUCACCACUACUACGCGACUACUAUUUCUAGACCUCUAGAGCACGUGCACGCGUUUGCGGUAAAGCGUGCGACGAGCGUUCCCUGUUGCCGGGUGUCGUUUCGGAGCGCAUUUUCUCGUGCCGGUGUGGAUGGGAACACACGGUGUGUGUGUUUAGAAAAACAUUUUCAUUUCCUAGUCAUUUCCACCAUCCAUCGGCCACGAUCCACUAAUUGGACGUAAACUGGUGAGGUAGCAUCAGACGAGAGCCGUUGCUUUGUUGCCGGUUAGAAGGUGGCCAUCAAGGCUUCGGCUUAAAACGAUCUGUCAAACGUUAAGCGUCAAAUGUGAAAAUGAAAGUGAAAUGUGCUUUCCUGUUGUGACGUGCCCUGCUAGGCCAGUUCUUACUGAUUAGUGGCGUAAAAGAGAUGCAAGUUUGUUUUUUAAGUAACUAUUUCGGGUUGUGUUGGUUGAAGUGUAGCUCGAGUGACUCUCAGUCAUCCCCCCCAACGUCCCCAAAUGCACUGUCCGCGUACUAGUGUCAACGGCGAGUGAACGUGAAAUAGCAGCUCGCCGUGUACUAAAACCGAGCGAUAGUACACACACACAUCAGAUAACCUGUACUAAGUGUAUACGGUGCAUGAACGAAAGUGAAAGUAGUGAGCGAUUGUUGGUGAAAAUUUUGAGGCACACAACGAAUCCAUCCGUCAGUUCCGGCUGAGAAUUGAGUGAUUUUGUUUUGAAUAUACGGAAAUCAAAUUAUUCUGGUGCGGUCACUGCUUACUACCGAAGUGCGUUCGUGUGUGUGUGUGUGUGUGUAUACUCGCAUAGUUCUGUACUAAAACAGUCCUGUCACUUCUGUGCGAUAGUGUUGCUGCUGCCGGUGCUCUGCUGAUCGAUUGUUUCCCUGCGGCUGGCAAAUCGAUACGGCGAGAUAAGCAAUAGAUUGGAGCGUGCCCAGUGCCCGAUUGUGCAAGUGUGCGUGUUUGUACGUGACAAAGAUAGAGCGAGAGUGAGUGUAAACAAAAGAAGAAGCAAAACAAGCCAAACUUUGACAAAGGUUGGUGGUAAACCACAACGACGGUUUGGUGGAAUUGAUGCUCUCCGAGACAUCGACUCGGAGGCCUCCACUCUGGUGCGUUUGCUUCUCUAAUUGAACCAAUCAGUAUCGUGCGUGUCUGGUGUAGCUUUUGUUAUUCGCGGCCGAAAAGUGAUCGCAAUAAAUGUACUCCAUGGUGGAAUACUUCGGCGACAUGGGACAAAUCGGGCAGGACUAUGGCUCAAAGAACUCGCCAACAGACAGCUCGAAUCUGGACCAUGUCACUAAGGUGAUAGCCUACCAUCCGCGAUACCUGGACCAUUUCCUAAACACACAGAAAUUUAUCAUGCAGUGCGAUGGACCGCUGCCGUACGAGUAUAGGAACUAUAUAGCUAUUAUGGCUGCAGCCCGCCAUAAGUGCACGUACCUGGUGAAUCUGUAUGAGGAAAUCUUCCUGGCGAACGGUUAUGAUCCGAGCUGGUUGAAAGGGCUCGAACACAUCCCGGCGAAACUGCGUGCCAUUUCCGACAUUAACAAAAUCCUUGCCCAUCGUCCGUGGCUACUAAACAAGGAACAUAUCGAGCGGCUUACGAAAGGUCAGAACAGUUGGUCACUGUCCGAGGUGGUCCACGCCAUUGUGCUGCUCGCCCACUAUCAUUCGCUGUCCUCGUUCGUGUUUUCCUGCGGGCUCACCCAGGAGCUGGACGGUGCUAGUCACAAAAUCGAAAACAACAACGUUCUCACCCAGAAGACUGCCUUCAAUCGUUUGAAUGAUCUGUAUAAUUCUCAGCAUCCCGAAAACCUCCCGAAUAGUGAAGAUGGUAAAAUCCGUCCGGAAGUGAGUGUCGAUGCAUUGAUGCAGCGUAUGAAGCAUCUGUCCGAGAAGAGUGACGAGUGUAGCGAAACGGAACUAAGCAAUCGCUUCAAGCAUGUGGAGCAGCAGGCGGCAGAGCUGCCCCCGGUUGUCCGGGAGACUCCGGCCGAGGUACCGCAACAGAUAGGCCGCUACGUUGACGAUCCGUGCUUCACAUAUCAGGACUUUGCUCGUCGUGGUGCGGAAAACAUUCCGCAGACGUUCCGGAUACAGGACUACUCCUGGGACGAUCAUGGAUACUCACUAGUUAAUAGAUUGUACAAUGAUGUUGGAUUCUAUCUGGAUGACAAAUUCCGGGCGGCCUACAAUCUAACGUACUAUACGAUUGCUGGACGUACGAACGUCGACACGUCCAAGUUCCGUCGUGCCAUAUGGAACUACAUCCAGUGCAUCUACGGCAUCCGCCACGAUGACUACGACUACGGGGAGGUAAACCAGCUGCUCGAUCGCUCGCUGAAGAUGUUCAUCAAGACGGCCUGCUGCUUCCCGGAGCGUAUCACCAAGAUGGACUACGACAGUGUGCUCGUCGAGCUGCAACACAGUGAAAAGGUUCACAUCAAUCUUAUGAUCUUGGAGGCCCGCAACCAGGCGGAGCUACUGUAUGCCUUACGCGAAGUUAUGCGAUACAUGACAUGAUUACCACCUGGCGAAUGAAGCCCUUUUUGGCCAGUUUUCUGAGCUGCCUGCACCGAGCACCGAGUGGAUGGAUGGAGCACGAAUGAUGUGGGGUGGAUUUGUGUUUGGGUAGCCGUUGGGGUGAGACAGCAACAGAAUCGAAAGGAAUUGCGUGAUAAUAAUAGCCAGGUAAUGGUUUGGAGAGCUAUGUAGAUGGUUUCGUGAAACGUUCAGGGCGAGGUGUAUUUCGUUUUUUCUUGUUUUUUUUUUUUUUAAUUAAGAGAAAGGAUAUUUGUGAGCGCAAAGAAAGUUGUUGCUGUUGUGUUAUUUGUUGUUAACUAUUGUACUACCCUUGCAAAACCGUUGUUGAGCGAAUCGGAUGCGCGUGAUAGGGAUGAAGAAGGUAGGCUUUUGGUGUGCAAAAGCUAAAAAAGAAAAAGCAGAGAACGUACGCAAACGAAACCGGAGCCUUGGACGGACCAAGGAGUGAUGUGCAAGCAAGCAAAAUGGAAUAUUUAGAUGGGUGAUAUAAUUUUACAUAAACAUAUUACAUAUAUACAACCACACACACACACACACAAACACACCGAAAAAAGAGGGAUACCCUUACUCUUCUAUGCGGAGAAAUUGGGAUAAAACCCCAAACACAAAGUACUAAGAAUAUGUUGCUUGAUGCAGAAGCAAAAUAAGUUAAACGAACGCAGUGGCGAAACACUUGUUUAGAUGAUACACUAGCAUACACGCCACCGAUUCAGAUCGGGGAGGAUGCGUGGUCAGGGAUUUAAUUGAAGCUUAGAACGGAGGGACAAACAGCAGGAAGUAAGUGUGGAUAGGGAACUACUCCCACUACACGUUCUCGGUACCCCCUAUAUCCCUUUCCUCUUGCAAGUACCAUUUUCCAACGGACGACGUCCAUUUUUCGGAUGAAUGUUGUUAUUUUUAAAAACGAAAAAAUAACCUUUGUAUUACCUUUUGACGAAGCGCAAGCAGAAUACAAAACACACACAGCAUAACAGUAAAGAGAGGUCGAGAAACGAAACUGAGGUCGGAAAUGAUGAUCAAGUGUGGUGCAUUGCUGGCAGAACCUCUCAAACCGCCCUCCCCCCAUUCUGAUCUCACUGUGAUAAGGUUUAACUUCUUUUCAUUGCUGUUGCGAAAUCAGGGAUUCAAUUUGCAAUCCAAAACGAAAGGCGAGCGCCGGAAGAAGGAGCUUUCUUUGCUGUAGAGGUGUUGUAACACAUCCAUCAUGCUUUGAUUAAGCUAUCAAGUAUACUGCUUCCAUUUAUGCCAUAGCGAGGGAUCCUUGUCGCAAUUGUAUUCGUAAUGUUGUUUACUUUCACUUUUAGCAGAACAGAUUUGUAAAAGCUUUAGAAAGUCCAACAGAAAAUUCAACUACCGCAGGGUCAUAAAUAUUGUCCUAGUUUAGGCUUCUUAGUUUUGUUUCGAGUACAGUAAAUUAUGAGAAAUAUUUUACAAGAAAAAAAUGGUUUUUUGUCUUAUCGUCUAACGAAUACAAUCUGAUUCUGGUCCGUCACCUUUACGCACAGCCCCUGACUACCUUUCUUGAGCAGCUCAGGAUCAUUUUUCGAAUUGUGUCAACAUGUGUUUGUCCCUCAAAAAGUCCGCUAACGGGAUCGGUUCCUCCAAAGCAGUAUCCUCUUCCUGUGGAUGAAGAAACUACAUUCGCUAGGAGGCGAUUUACAUCUUCAACGUCAUCUUCCUCUUCCAAAUAAACGGAAAGAGGGUCGAAAACUAUCAUAAUUCCGUUUCGGUACUCCCUUCACCGUCUUCACCGGGGGUUCACUUUCCCGUUUCUUUUUUCUUCUGGUGACUUGGCCCUGGUUUCGUAGCAUUGCAAUCGUUUGCUGGUAGUACAGUCUCAUCUAAAGCGACUUCGCAUGGAUAUUGGACAUGAUUGUUCUUUAAAGGGACAGUGUUGAGACGAGCCUGUAUGUGUUAACUGCGUCCCGAUUGGAACGAGGACAGACGAUACUUCUCGAGUCCUUCGUGAUCCUACCCCUUUAGCAGAUCUUUGACGAUCGAACUGCAUCGGCGAUCGACGAUUAUAUUAACCAAUGUUAGUUAUAUUUGUCUUUUGUUUCUUCGCAGAAAUUGAAUCUGCUAAUUUGUUUGACCAAAUCUGCCAAGACGUCAGCAGUUUUGAUGGAAAGAACAACACUCCCUUUUUUUGUUUGUUGGUGUCUUUUUGUUUUAAAAUACUCCACCGAAAUUCCGCGCUUAGGAAGACUGUUUUGUUUUCGUAUCACAUAAAGAAAGCAGAUCGCCGAAAUGUCUGGAGACGGUUGGCAACAGCUAAUGUAUUACCAUGUCGAAGUUUGAAUAUAAGGCUACCCAAAACAAGUUUCGCUAUUUAUGUGUAAAGACAAAGGCAAGGAUAAUGAACACACUGUGAAGGGGGAGAAAUUUUUGUAAAAGAAAAAAACACACACACACACGGAAAUUAUUAAUAAAUCUACAAAAUACUACUCCUAUACAAUCAUUUUAGUGUGCGCUUUUGAUGUACACCCGACCCAGGUAUGAUUACAUUUACCGCGCAGGCCAAUCACGUUUAGGUCAGGUUCGAGAUGAACUAGCAUUGGGUAUCGUGGAGGCGAGGGUGUAGGCGUUUGUGUAGCAAUUUGCAAAUCGAUAUCAGUCCCGGCCGCAGAAGUAUCGAAACACAGUUUAAAUAGUAGAUCCCGGAACGUUGUGUGAUUCAACAUGUGAUUAUACUUGUGCCAAAAUGUGAAUUCAAAAUAAAUGAAAAAUGCUUCGAGAAA